CGCUGGUCCGCCAAGCCCCGCCUUUUUUGCGGCCCCCAUUGUGCUGCUGGACCCGACGAGCAGUGUUGACAGUGAACCCCACGUAGACGCGGCCCCGGUACCGGGGGUUCAGGCAGUAGAGCAGGCUCUGAUUGGCUGACACAUGGCAAGCGCGAAAAGCCUGGACCGCUGGAAAGCCCGGCUGCUUGAGGGCGGAAGUACUGCGUUGACGUACGCCUUAGUAAGGGCGGAAGUGAGUUUUCCAGCGGAAGUGGCUCCUGUAAGGCAGCAAGGUAGCGUGGCCGGCGUCCGAGCAGGGGUUGUGUCCCUGCUGGGCUGCCGUUCCAGCUGGACUGCCGCCAUGGAACUCAGCGCCGAAUACCUCCGCGAGAAGCUGCAGCGGGACCUGGAGGCGGAGCAUGUGGAGGUGGAGGACACGACCCUCAACCGUUGCGCCUGUAGCUUCCGAGUCCUGGUGGUGUCGGCCAAGUUCGAGGGGAAACCGCUGCUUCAGAGACACAGGCUGGUGAACGCGUGCCUAGCAGAAGAGCUCCCGCACAUCCAUGCCUUUGAACAGAAAACCCUGACCCCAGACCAGUGGGCACGUGAGCGACAGAAAUGAGGGACUGGGAUCUGCACAGCCAUUAAAUUAUAAAUCUGGACCA